UACUGAACGGCGAGUCCCGUUUGUCUGCGCGAGCUGAUCGUAAAGGUUGUGUGUCUCGCACCGCAGCGAAGAAAGAGAAAAAAAACAAAACAAUUAAAUGAGUAAAAUUUUGAAAUCCCCGUCGGUGCUGCCGCUUCGGAGCCCCGCUGGACUCAGAGCGACCAGCUCCUGUGCUGACAUGGCUUAGAGAAACGAGGAGGAGACUUGAAAACACAGAGAAAGAGAGAGAAUUGGAGGAGAGCGAGAAAGUUCACUGUAUUUUAAAGGAUAUUUCUGAAGCGACACUGAACAGAAAUCUCAACAAACAACACCUUUGUCUAAAGUAACAGGAAUGAACUGAGAAAGAGAGAGAGCGAGAGAGAGGCAGAGCCAGACAACACACUAUCCCCCCCUCCUAUUCCAUCUAUUCGUCUCCCUCCUCCCCAUGUCUGCUGGCUCCGCAGUGGGAGGGGGUCUCCAGCCCCUCUCCCUGACUGUGGCCCCCUCCUCCCUGCAGGACCUGACCCCUCUGGCCCCCCUCUCUUCCCUCACCGCCCUGCAGAGCUCCCUGGGUCCUGGGGUGGGGGGAGAGGAGCUGAGCGUGCUGGAGGCAGCUGUGAGCUCCCUGGCUGGUGAGAGCGGGACCCCCAGCUCGGGCAGGGCGGCGGUGGAGGGGAACCCAUUCCAGUGUCUGGAGUGUGGCAAGACGUUCAAGUGGUCAUCGCGGCUCAGCCAUCACCUGCGCAGCCACACCAGCGAGCGGCCCUACCGCUGCAGCCACUGCCCCAAAGCCUUCAAGGGCUCCUCCGCCCUGCUGUACCACCAGCGCGGCCACACGGGGGAGAAGCCCUACCACUGCAGUGACUGCGGGCGCAGCUUCAAGAGAGCCAGCCUACUGCAGGUUCACCGCAGUGUGCACACAGGUGUGCGUGCGUUCCAGUGCGCUCUGUGCGGCCUCUCAUUCAAGUGGAGCUCUCACUACCAGUACCACCUGCGUCAGCACUCCGGUGAGAGCCCGUACGCCUGCAGCAGCUGCCCCAAGAGCUUCAAGAGCUCAUCCAGCCUGCGCCGGCACCAGAGCGUGCACUCGGGGGCGCGGCCCUACACCUGUCCCACCUGCGCCAAGACCUUCACCCAGUCCACCAACCUGCGGCAGCACCAGCGCACACACACGGGGGAGGAGAGGCCCCCCCGCCGGGCCUCCCGGCCCCGGGGCCAUGGCAACGAGCAGAGAGACAGUGCUGAGGACAGCAACGCCACGCUGCUCUACAAACUCAUUCACAACGAGAGCAUCAGCAGUGAGAACACGGGGCUGAACUACAGCAAUCCUGAGGGCAACGAAGACAGCGGCAGCACUGGCAACCCUGAGGGCAAUGCGCUGCUCUUCAGACUCACUCACGGUGUUGGCAGCAAUGCCAAUGACAGCAGCAUCAGUGAUGAGAACACACUCUUGAACUACGGCGCUGGCAGUAAUGACACUACUCUGCUGUACAGACUCACUCACAGCCAUGCAAACGACAGCAGUCACGCUGGUGACACUGACAGCCCCGCCCUGCUGUACAGACUCCCCCACAGUGAUGCUGGUGCUGGCCUGAGCGCCCUGCCCCAGCCCCAGCCCCAGCGGCUCUGCUGCCCGCUCUGCCUCAAGCUGUUCAUCUCCCAGCCCUUCCUGCAGAAGCACCUGCAGAGCCACGCCAUCGAGCAGGCCUAUGCGCAGGCGGGGGGGGCUGAGUCGGCCGGGGGGCCCGUGGGAGAGGGGGUGUUUGUGGAGACGCUGUACCGCUGUGAGGUUUGUGGCGAGACGUUCCGGGUGGAAGCUGAGCUGGAGAAGCACCAGCUGACCUCUCACCUGUCCUCCGCCCCGGAGGUCGUCGUGGAGACCAGCGGAGGAGGGGGCGGGGCUUCGGUGGUAGCUGGGGGCGGGGCUAACCCUUUACAGGGCAUCGCCAACGGCUGCCUGGUCUGCGGGAAGACUUUUAAAAACGCGUCGGGGCUCGCCAGGCACCGCUCACAGGCGCACCGACCCCUCCCUAGCCAGCCUCUGCUCCCCCUUGACCCCCCCGUGGUCCCCUCCCCUUCCCCUGGGGGUGGGGGCAGGUUCAAGUGUGCCUCCUGUGAGUGCAGCUUCUCCACGCUGCCCAGCCUGCUGUCUCACCAGCGCUCACACUGCGAGGGGCAGGCGCUGCUCCCGGGCGCACACUGCCCCCUGCUAGAGGGGGAGAUCCCCUGCCAGCUGGGCAGCGUGGGGGCCAACGUCAGCCUGGUGGCCGUGCCGGCCUCACCCCCCCCCUCGAACCCCCCCCCCGGGACCCGGAGCACCAGCCAGCUAGCCGGAGCAGAGCAGGGGGGGAGAACUGGGAAGCAGCAACAGCAGCAGCAGGGAGGCCCCUCGGACCGCCCGUUCCGCUGCUCAGAGUGUGGCAAGGCAUUCAAGGGUUCGUCGGGGCUGCGCUAUCACGUGCGUGAUCACACCGGGGAACGACCGUACCGCUGCUCUGAGUGCGGCAAGACCUUCAAACGCUCGUCCCUGCUGAAUAUCCACCAGCGUGUGCACACCGGUGUGCGCGCCUUCACCUGCCCUCACUGCGCCCUCACCUUCAAGUGGAGCUCGCACUUCCAGUACCACCUGCGGCUGCACACGGGCGAGCGGCCCUAUGCCUGCCAGACCUGCGGCAAGACCUUCCGCAACACGUCCUGUCUGCGCCGCCACGCACAGCUGCACUCAGGACAGCGGCCACAUGCCUGCCCUACCUGCGGCAAGACCUUCACCCAGACCUCCAACCUGCGACAGCACCAGCGCACGCACUCCGGCGAGCGGCCCUACGGCUGCCCGCAGUGCGGCAAGACCUUCACCCACUCCUCCAACCUGCAGCUGCACCAGCGCACGCACUCUACCGAGCGGGCCUACUGCUGCCAGCUCUGCGGCAAGGGCUUCGUGAUGAACUCAUACCUGCAGAGGCACCUGCGCACCCACCAGGGUGGCGCCGCUGCCGGUGAGAGCAAGAGUCACGGCAUCAGCGAUAACAGUAAUAAUAAUAAUAUCAAUGAUAAUCAUACUAGUAAUAACAAUAGCAUCAGGGACAGCUCCACUGGGCACAGCGUCAUUCUCAACCCCCUCUCCUCCUCUUCCUCCUGCCCUGCUUCAGCUCACACCACCACCACUUUGGUGUUUAAUGCUGCUGCUGGUUCUGCUGCUGCUGGGAACCAGACCCUGAUCCUGGGUUCGAGCCCGGCUCCGGUGCAGCCCCAGAUUUUCAAUCUGCAGACCCAGCAGAUGCAGCAGCAGCCGCAGCCACAGCAGAAUUACUUCUUGAUUCAGACCCCCACGGGUCUGCAGCUCAUACCCAUCCCUCAGCCCCCCCCUCCCCCCCCGCCUCCUCCACCACCCCAAAAGUUUCUCCUCCUGCAGUGCCCCCCAACAACCCCCGGGGGGUCCCCCAAACUCUUGCUGGUGCCCCAGCCCGGACAGCAGAGCACCACAGUGUUGCAGCCAGUAUCGGGGGCAGUGAUCACACUGGGGGCCGCACCACGGCCGGGCUGUCUGGAGGGGAGCGGUUGUACCCCAGGAAAGACCAGGAACCCCAGGAAGAGAACGAGGCAGGCCAAGAAGGGGGAGGUACCCCCAAACCCUGCAUCCAGCACCCAGGCUUCUAAUCCAGGGAGAAGAUUGGGGGCCAAGCCUGCAGAGAGGCUGGUUCUUCUGGGAAGUGUUGGAGGGGGAGGGGGAGGGGAAGGGAGGAGUAACGAUAAUAAUACUGGCCAAACCCCCCCGAUACAAACCAUCCUGACUGGUAGCAGCAUCCAGCCCCAGUCUAACCAGUUUGGGGCCACCAGUCCCGGCAGUGCCAGUGUCAGUGUGGGUGAGCAGGGCAGAAGUGAUGAUAUCCAUGAUAAUGAGGGCAGCGUGGUCAUUAACCAGCUGGGGCACCCCUGCCUCCGCACACCAGACACCCCGAUACUGACGGGGAGCCCCACAGUCCAGAACAUUGAGAUCCAGAUCGUACCGGAGCCCUGCGGUGAACUGGGUCAGAACCAGCCCGGGUCAGGGGGAGGGGAGCAGGGACAGUCUGGAGAGGCAGGAGAGGAGGUGCGAAUCGAGCACUCGACCAACUCAGAGAUUAACUGGACAGGCGAGGCGGUGCCACAGGAAGUGGAAGUGGAGGAGGAGGAAGUUCAACACCAGGAACAGGAAGUGAAAGUGGAGGAACAGGAAGUGGAAGUGGAGGAACAGGAAGUAGGAGUGCAUCACCAUGAACAGGAAGUGAAAGUGGAGGAACAGGAAGUGCAUCACCAGGAACAGGAAGUGCAGCCGCAGGAAGUGGAGGAGCAGGAACAGGAAGUGCUGCAGGACCUGCACAUUGAGACGGUGCAGACAGCAGGGGGGCUCAGGAACGUUCUGGUUUUGAGGGGUGCAGAUGGGGCCCAGACCCGACUCUGUGUGGAGGAGCUGGGGGGACCUGGGAACACCGGGGGGGGUCUGACACCCCUGGAACAGAAACUGCUGAUUAUUCGGAGUGCCGAGGGAGAGCCGCACACACUGCAGAUACUGGAGACCUGCAGCCACACUGAGAACCAAACUAACACUGGCACUGCUGACAUCGUACACACUGACACUGCUGACAUCAUACACACUGACGCUGACACUGCUGACAUCGUACACACUGACACUGCUGACAUCAUACACACUGACGCUGACUCUGCUGACAUCAUACACACUGACACCCUCGUCCUGCAGAGCUCCACGGCGACCUCUGGGGCACACAGCCCUGCUGCAGCCAGCUCCCCUGGGAGCACAGAGACUGUCAGCAUUGCCCCCUGGAGGGCAGGAGGAGGUAGUGCAGCUCAGCGCUGUGAGCAGGACCCUGAUCUGAGCAGCUCAUGAGCGGUCACUCUCCCAGGAGCAGCGUUGACUCUCACGUCAUUGUGUUUGAUUUGUACCAGACCCGGGCAAUUAUAAUUACAAUCACAGCUAAGCUGAUUGCUGAAAAUGCAUUUUCCAUUCUAGUGCUAUUCUGUCUGUCUGUCUGUCUGUCCAUCAAUUUUUUUUGCAUCUCUCUGGAGAGCCACUUAUCAUGUGAUUAAACAUUUGAUUGCUGACUCUUAUCCUGCAUUGUUCUGUAUGCUGUUGAUAUACGUCACGGUCAUCGACGUGUCCCUCUCACUGAGACCUCUGAUUGUGACUGCAUCGUGACGAUGGGGGAGUGGAGGUCACUGACAGGCAGGUUUAUAUUGGGGGUGGAUGAUGUCACAGACAGGCUGAUAUAUAUUGCUGGGAUGGGGGAAUGGAGGUCACUGACAGGCUGGUUUAUAUCGCUGGGAUGGGGGAUGGAUGAUGUCACGGACAGGCUGGUUUAUAUUGCUGGAAUGGGGGAUGGAUGAUGUCAUGGACAGACUGGUUUAUAUUGCUGGGAAUUCCAAUUGCAAUGCUAUUGUGCUCAAUUACAAUUACACUUUCAAUUACGCUGCAGUAAUUAGACUUAGAAUUAAAGGUUACAUAAACAGCUGCCCACAUUAUUGUC